AUGGAUUUCUUCGAACGUACUGAAUCCUUGGCAACCGAGCUGAUGCAGGCUGAAGGCAUCUCCUAUGAAUCGGGUGAAAUAAUAGACUCUGCCUGGUUGGCCAUUCCCAGGAGCGCUGUAGAACAACCCAGUUGCCAUGAUGGAUUGAAUAUGAGUUUCUCCCUACAACUGCAGCCGAGAGCAUGGAAGGGGUCAGGAAAUCAGAUGACUGGAUCUGUCAAGGACGGAAGGGACUGCAACAACACCAAGAGCACCUCUUCUCUCGUCGAAUCUAAGAAUAGAGUAGAGCCCACUUCCUCGGCCCAUGUGUCCUUAAUGAACACCAAAGCUGGUUCUUACACCAUCCCGCAGUUUGAUGGAUCUAAUGAAAAUCGCCACGAGAUCACCUCGGCUUUUUUUCAAGAACUGCCCGAAACCCAACGAGAGCGUUCCAGGACGCCUAGAACACAAUGUCAGGUAACCGCAACCGCAGUCAUGGAUCUGCUUCCAUUCUGCACAAGCCAAACGCAAUUGGAUAACGAGCUGUUAAUCAGACUGAGCGAUGUUGCGGGGAGCUUGAAGGAAAUCGUUCUUCUUGCAUUGGGUGGAGCAAUUGACAGUUGUAUGAGGAGCACUCUAGAGAGAGCCGUUGGGCCGGACGUUUCUGCUGGUAUCAUCGAGUUCUGGAGUGAUGAGUGGGUUGCUGAUAUGUAG